AUGGACAAAGAGGUGCCUGAGGAGCCCUCCGCUCCCAAGGUGGAGGCUGUACCCGAGGACAUCCAACAGGAAGAGCCCGAACAGCCUCAUCCAUCACAACCGCUCCAGCAAUACCCAUCUCCUCGCGUCGAAGACUCUGAUGCUUCCUUCUUUCAAGGCGAUCGGCAGCUCGACGACCCGCCAGAUCAGCAGCAUGUAGAGCCACCAACACCGCCUCAGCGGGCUUCUCGCCCAGAUGUGAAUGCUGAGGAUCUUCAGCUGGGUGGCCCAGGCGAGGACCAGAUCCAGCAACUGCAGCUUGCUGCCCAGAUGUCCCAGGCCAUCUCUGGCGUGGUCGGCACCUCGAAUCCGGAGGAGGAUGAUUUUGAUCCCCAAGAACCCAACCUGCAGAGCCUCCAACAGCUUCAGGAUACGCCGGACGCCCACAUGCAGGGCCAAGAGCAUGUGCUGCCUGAGCUCCCCGAAAAUAUCCAGCCCAGCAUACAACAGGAUUUACAGCAGAGUCUCCAGCAUGUCAUGCCCCACCCAGAGGCUCAACAGGAACCUCAGCUGUCUCAACAUGGGCAGCACCCAUCCCAUGCACACCAUGCCCAGUACAUGGACCACCAACAACAACCACCUCACCUCGGUCCGCCUGUUCCCAUGGGGCUGGGCCAAGCCCAAUACGGUGUCGGCGACGUACCUCCCCGCAAGAGAUCAAAGGUCAGCAGGGCCUGCGAUGAGUGUCGGAGAAAGAAGGUGAAAUGCGACGCUGCCUCAGAGACAGAGCUUGCCGAUCGUAUCCACUCCAUCGAGGGCAAGCUGGGAGGACAGGCGGCGGCAGACGCUCUAGCCGGAGAGCUGGCUGCAUUACCGAGGCGUGAUCUCGCGGACAGCUAUGCUGCUGCUGCUGCUUCCGCACAGGUAGAGGAGUCUCGCAAGCGUCCGUACGCUCAUAUCUCUUCCGAAAACUUCUCUACUCCUUCCCCACUAAGGCAGUCUGGGCCGCCGUCGGAAUCCCGCCCUGCCUUUUCUCAACAAGCAUCCUACUCUGCCAACAACCUUGGUCUCAAGCCCCUUCUGCCAAGGGAGAGUACUAGCACGACACCACCACAACCUCCCAACAUAGAACCCCUUCAAGAAGAGGAACCGCAGCCUCCGCAGCCUGACCAUCUCCUCCCCGGGGUCGAGGAUGAUGCUUUCAAUGCCUAUCUGGGCAUCGUGCACCACGUCCUGCCCUUCCUGCCCAGUUCCAAAGACACCCUCAAUUCGCAUCUGGCACAUUGCAGCCCUACACUGCGCAGCGCGUUCAUCGAGGCCCUCAACUCUGCCAUUGGAUCAUUCGCCGUGCGCAAUGUACAGGGCAGUCUAGCAAAUGCCAACCGACUUCUCGCCGACUUCGAAGUUGAAGGUGGGAGGAAGUCUCAAAUAUCUGGCCUGAUUCACUUGCAGUGUCUGAUUCUGAUGAUCAUCAACACCGACAACGCUGGCCCACCCUCACUCGUCGGAGAGCAUGGAGGACCAGCCAAGGCCUCCCUGCUUGGCCGAGCCGCUGGUGUGGCCUACGCUAUGUCAGUCCCACAAGAGGCUACCGCACUAGAUGGUGUCUCCAAUGUAGAAUCAGACCAGUGCAUACGGAUCCGGGCGUGGUGGACACUGGUCAUACUAGAUCGAUGGAAUGCCCUUUCCACGGCAACCCCCUUGAUAAUCUCCGGCGAUACGAUAGUCUUGCCAUCGAACCUCAAGCCGAUCGUGGGCGAGGCCAACUUUCGCUUCACCUUGCUGUCGUACAUCAUGGGACACUGGGUGCCCGCGUCAGUGCUUGCGCCCACGAACUCCACCCCGGGAGCUGCAGCUAGGGCCGCAGCUACCUUCCACCUGAACAUGGAGAUGUGGCGUGCCCAUUUCCCCGGGGAUAUUCAUCCGGACGUGGAACCUGUGCUGCAUCUCGCAUACUGGCAUUGUCGAUUGCUUGCGUUCUUGUUUACGCCCUCCUCGUUACUGACAGAUGUUCUGUGGGCCGUGAAAGAGUCCGUCGGGCUUCUGACUACACACUCUCAGAUGAUCAGUCCAUUGAACCAUCACUUCACAUCUUUGGUCGCAUUAUGUCUACUCGAGCUAGCGAACCUCAAGGAUUCAGAGGACGAGGCUAAGGAGCUAUUAAAUCAGCUUUUGGAGGCUAAUAUUGCUCCAUCGAGUUGGGAUGGGCCGAUUCGCAACAGAAUUCGAGACACCAUGCGCCCUCCUGGCAAUGACGCCACUGAAGCCGCUGCUAGUCAAAGCCUACAGCAUCUCGCCGACCUGGCCGCUGCGGAGGUGGCGCCGGCUGGUGUCAGUAACGGCGCACCUGCGGCCAUCGCGCCGAUGGAGCCGAUCCACGGGGAUAUCGAAGAAGUGCUGAAAUUCCGCACCAGCGACACGUACGAAGACCUCGGUUUCGAUCCACGACAAAUGUUGUGUGGCGGUUAUCUUAACGCCAUCGCCCAGUACUCCUCUUAA